UCUAUAUAUAGGAUCAGAUAGACAUGACUGACCCGUGACAUCCAUGUCGUUCACGAGUGUUCACCAUCUAUCUUCUUUCACUUUCACUCAGAUUAUCGUCUUUGGCUUUGGCAUUGCUUUCCUCCACUCAAUACAGAAUCUCACAGAGUACAAGAUGUUGAAGCAAUCACCUAACAGAAACAUGAGGACAAAUGGCUACAAGGUAAAACAAGGUCUUAAAGUGUUUACUUUAAUAGCUGCUGCCAUUUGGUUGUUAUACCAACUCAAACACUCACAUGAAACCAAAGUACUUGGAAGGAAAGGGUUUCAAUUUUGGAUGAAAAAUUCUUAUGAGUUGAUGGGUGGUGAAAAAAAGAGAAAAAGUGAUAUUAUAAUGGAAGAAAACAUUGGUUUGGGUAAGGAUAUUGUUGAUCGAGAUCGAGUGGAAGAGGAAGAACCUGAGGAAAUAGAGAAUGUGGUUGACGAAGAAGACGAAGAAGAAAAUGAAGCGAUGGAAGAAGAUAUGAUGAGCUUAUUAGAAUAUCAAGUUGAGAAAGACACACAAGCAACAACGAAAAGGCAUCGCAAAGAGACUCGUGUACUAUGAACCACAACUACAAACAUCAGACACGAUAUUAACACUAAUGUAUUUAUAUAUGUACUUUAAAAAUAAAAGUGAUUGAAUGUAAAUCGGUUAGAAAGUCUAGUUUGACAGUUAGGAAGUUGGUUAGUUUUAUCAAUUUCUAUAUUCUAUCAAUCUGUUACACCAACGCUAUAUAUGUGGAGCAUGUGUGCAGCUUGUAGCUUAAACGUUUAAUUCAAGGUUUCUUGCCAAUAGUGGAUGAAUACAAACAUUCACGUUUGCCUUGCAAUCUUUU